AUGGCUGGUAAAAGAUCGGCAAGGCCGCCACAACACCAAGCAGCUGAAUCCAAGGCUCAAGCUAAAAACACCAAUGCUACGCUGUCUUCUGGUACUCCAGUUUCAGCCCAAAUUGACUCGCUCACGAUUGGUUCCAAAGAACAAAAAGCACAAUUUGCAAAGUUUUCAUCCACAAUCUUACCAAAUCAUAAUCCCGAGCAACCUUAUUAUGCUGACUUGGUUAAACUUCGGAACACAGUCGAAUACAUCUUUGUCAUAGACUGGUUGUACAAUUAUCGCGGGUUUCUCAAGUUACAAAGCGAGCAAUUUGAUGUUGAUGUAUUUGAAAUGGAGUUGUUAAACUACUUUCCCAAGGUCAACUAUUUUGAUGAUUAUGAAAACAAUGGAGGCAAUAACAAGAGUAGUAACUUUGUGGAUAAAUUGAAAGUUGCAACAAUGAGCGUUGUGCUGAACUCUAAAAUCUCAUUAGCCAAUUUUGAAGCAAUUUACAGAAUGUGGUUUGGGUCAGAAACAUGUUUGGGUGGAGUUCCUGAAAAAGAUGAAGAAAAUGAGGCAGAAGCUGAAAUAGAGAAAGAAAACACUAUGGACAUUGAAGUCAAUCCCGCUGAUUUACCCAAGUUUGAUUAUUUGCUUAUCAAGGACAAGUUUCAGAUCCUUUAUAGCAUUAUUUCAUACAUUGCUCAAACGAGACGUUUUAGAGAAUGGCUCACUAGACAAUCCUCGGGUCCCGAUAUGUCACGGACUGACCCAUUGCUUGUUCUUGAUACGUCAAAUACUAUGGCAAAGUCUCCAACAAUGACGGAAUACUAUCUACUUUUCGAUGAGACUAGAUUGUAUUCCCGCACAGUAACAUUCACUGAACCAUUGGUGAUACCCAAAAAGCGUAAACUUGCUCCUGUAGAUCCAGAGGCACAUUACGCAGCAAGCUCAUUUGACGUUGCACAAGCCAAUAUUACAUGGACGCAACAUUAUUCCACGAUUUUUGAACUCGAUGCUUAUCUACGUUCACUUCGCUCCCUGGGACUGGCUCAAUUGAAACCACUUGUUACCAAAAUCAAUAACCCUUCACUCAUCUCGCACGUAUUUGAAACGGAAAUAAAGAAGCGCAAAUACAUGGCUGCAAAACAGAAGGAAUCGCAACUUGCUGGCCUCUUGGCAGUGCGUAAACGUUCAUCGAGAAUAGAAGCUCGUGAUAGACAACGUGCUGAACGAGAAGCGGAACAAAGAAGACGCGAAGAGGAGGAGUUGAAAGCUGCUGCGCAAAUACGUUUUGAAAGACGUCAGAAAUUGAAGCAACGUGACAUAGACUCAAUGGCUGGAAACUCUAGUGAAAUGAGUAGAGAUGAAAGGUUGAAAAGAAGAAAUGAAUUACUUUAUCAAAGAUCAGAAUCGCAGGGCUUAAGUGGAACAAGUACGCCGAGACUGGUUGAGUCACCAUAUCCUGAGAGUAGGGACAAUGAAAUCGAGGACAACAAGGACGACGCAAACACCUUUCAACACGAGGAUAAUGUAGGAGGUGUAAAACAAAACAAUGUGCUGCAGGAUGUUUCUCAAGAUGCCGAACAGGUGAAUGGGCUGGAGAAUGUUCAAGAAGAUGUGCAAGUAAAUGCACAGGAUAGCACUAGCGCAGAUGUUAAACUAGAGGAGAAUGAUGCAACCAUUAUUGUUGACAAUGUGGCAUCUAAUGGUGUUGCUGAUGGUGCUAAUGUAAUUAACAAUAGCAACAUUAACAACGAGGUCAUUCUUCCGGUAGACAAAGAACAAACUCAAUCGAAUGAACAGACUGAAGAUACAAAUGAAUCACCUCGAGUGGUUGAAAUGACUGAGGAUUCUGCAGCACCAUUAUCAUCAUCGUCUACAACAUUAUCAGCAACAUCAACAGCAGCAGCAGAAGCAGCAGACAAAGUGAAAGAAACUCUUCAGCAUCCUUCUGACCCAACGCAAAAUUGA